AUGGAAAUAAUUGGUAGAAUGGGAUUUCAUACUAAAGAUCUUGAUCCUGAUUUAUUUAUUCGCCAUACACUUGGUUUCAAAGUACCAAGACCUGUCCAUAGACCAUUAUAUGAACAUGAAGAACGAGCUAUAAAUCGUGAGGCUUAUGAAAAAUUUUUAAUAUCUAUGCAUGAUGAGUAUAGAUCUCAGGUAUAUGAUCAAUAUGCUCCUAAUCAUUUAAAAUUUUUACUUGGUAUUUAUGUUGGUAUUAUUCGUAAAAAAAUGGUUGAUUAUUACUUUAGAAAUCCAUUUAAAAAUAAUACCUUUCUUCUUGAAUAUGCCAUUGGUGAUGAAAUUGGUAGAGGAAGAGCAUGUCAUAUAUUUGAUAGUAUACGAUUAAAAGAUGAAUAUAGAGUAGCAACUAAAUUUAUACCAAGGCAUAGUGUUAAAAGUUGGGGAAAAUUAGAUGGUUAUCCUGUUCCAAUGGAAAUUGAAAUUUUACAUAGAGUUAAAAAAAUUGAAAAUGUUGUUCAAAUGCUUGAUUGGUUUGAAAGAGAAGAUGGUUGGUUAAUUGUUAUGAAUAGACCAAUGCCAAUAGUACCAUUAGAUGGAUAUAUGCAAAAAUAUGGUAAAUUAGGGGAACAACAAAUUAUUAGAUGGAUAAGAGAUAUUAUUAUACUUAUAAUUAAUUUGGCAAAUGUUGAUGUAAUGCAUAGAGAUUUACAUCCUUCAAAUAUGUUAGUUAAUUCUAAUACAAUGGAAUUAUUAUUCAUUGAUUUUGGAAAUGCUCAACAUGUUACAGAAAAAUAUUUUAUUGAAUGUGAUGGAUGUCAAGAUACAAAUUCACCUCAAUGGGAAUUUGAUAAAAAAUGGCGUGGUUUUCCACAGGCUGUUUGGAAUAUCGGUCAAUUAAUGUUUACCAUGAUAUCUGGAAAUACAUGUCAUUGGAAAAAAUUUAACGAUAAUAAAAGAAAUUUCCAAACAUUAGUUCGUGGUGAUUAUUAUGAUUUAAUGAAAUCUUGCCUCUCUGAUAAAGAAGAGGAUAGACCAACAUUUGAAGAAAUACUUAAUAAUUCAUGUAUUAUUCGUAAUACUCAAAAAACAUUAGAUGAUUUAACACCUACUCAAAUGACAACAUUAAGAUAUAUUGAUAAAUUAAGUAAAGCAAAAGAUGUUGGUAUAUAUGAUGGAUAUGUAACUCCAAUAUUAACAGAAAAAGAAAUUGAAAAAUUACCUUUUCCAUAUAUGUAUAAUCAUACAGAAAUAUUAAAUAGUUGGAAAGAUAGACAAAUUGUUCGUCAACCAUCUGUAUAUGGAAUGUUUUAUAUUGAAAGAAUAAGAAAUGAUGAGAUGCUUCCAUGUAUGUGGAAUUUUUGCCCAAAUUAUUAUCUUGUUGUUGAUGUAUACAAUGAAUAUUUAUUUGAUAAAAAACAUAUUGAUAAAAAAAUACUUCCUGAUAAAAGACUUAUUCAUUAUAAAGGUUAUAAAUAUGCUGAACCAAUGAAACUUUAUCAACCUAAAGCAACAAUAAAAUUAACUCAUCCAAAGCCUCCAAUAAAGUUACAUGAAAUAAGUGAUGAUGAAGAUGAGGAGAAAAAUAAUAAUGAUAAAAUAAAAAAUAAUGAUGAUAAAAGUAUAGUUGAUAAACCAAUACUUGUAUCACCAAAAAAUGAAGCAACAUAUUUAAAGUUAUCUAAUAUGAAGGAAUUUCGCAAUUUUGAGUGUUGCAAACCUCUUUCAAUAUUAGGAGAAAAAAAUACAAAAAAUAAAGAUCUUAUUUAUAAUAAUAUGACUAAAAAUAUGAUAUCAAAAAAUUAUAAUGCAAAACAAGUGGUAUUUUCAAAAAGUGUUCCAUUACCUUCAUUUAUGUUAUUAAAUGAAUUUAAUGAUUUAUUUAUAAGUAAUAAUCAAUCAAAAAUAUUAAAUAAUUUAUCCUCUAACUCUUCUGGUUAUGAUAGCAGUUCAACGAUUGUCAAACAUGAUAUUACAUAUAAAAAUGCCGAAUGUCAAACUGAUGAUGUUAAAAUUAUUUAA